CGGGCCGGGCGCUCCGGGCCGGUGCAGGGCCGGCUGGUCCGCGGGCGCGACCGGAGCCCCGGCCACCAAGGGGUGCGACCCCCCAUUGGCCCCGCCUUCCCGGCUGCGGCCCGACCAAUCAGAGCGGCUUUUACUGGCGGGUGGGCCGAGCCGGCCCAGCUGCUCGGAGGCUCUGGCAUGUCGGUUCCCGAUUCUGGUCCCCGGCCCCCAGCAGCGCCUGCCCCCUUCCCACCGGGGCCCCCCAUGAUGCCACCACCCUUCAUGCCCCCUCCAGGAAUCCCCCCACCCUUUCCUCCGAUGGGACUACCUCCCAUGAGUCAGAGACCGCCAGCCAUCCCCCCAAUGCCACCUGGCAUCAUGCCCCCAAUGCUUCCACCAAUGGGGGCGCCACCACCACUCACACAGAUACCAGGAAUGGUACCUCCCAUGAUGCCAGGAAUGCUGAUGCCAGCGGUGCCUGUCACCGCAGCGACGGCUCCGGGUGCGGACACAGCCAGCUCUGCUGUGGCUGGGACAGGCCCUCCGAGGGCCCUGUGGAGUGAGCAUGUGGCCCCUGAUGGGCGCAUCUACUACUACAAUGCUGACGACAAGCAGUCCGUGUGGGAGAAGCCCAGCGUGCUCAAGUCCAAGGCAGAGUUGCUGCUGUCUCAGUGUCCCUGGAAAGAGUACAAGUCAGACACGGGCAAACCUUACUACUAUAACAACCAGAGUAAGGAGUCUCGCUGGACCCGGCCCAAGGACCUGGAUGACCUGGAGGCUCUAGUCAAACAAGAGGCUGCAGGGAAGCAGCAGCCGCAGCCACCUCAGCCCCAGCCUGAGCCCCCACCUGUGCCGCCCGGCCCCACCCCUAUGCCUCUGGGCCUUCUAGAGCCUGAGCCAGGUGGCAGUGAAGAUUGCGAUAUGUCAGAGGCUGCCCAGCCUGUGGAGCAAGGGUUUCUGCAGCAGCCGGAGGAGGGCCCCAGCAGUGCUGCUGGACAGCAUCAGCCACCGCAGCAGGAGGAAGAGGAAUCAAAGCCAGAACCAGAGAGGUCUGGCCUCAGUUGGAGCAACCGGGAGAAAGCAAAGCAGGCCUUCAAGGAGCUGCUGAGGGACAAGGCUGUCCCCUCCAACGCCUCGUGGGAACAGGCCAUGAAGAUGGUGGUCACCGACCCCCGUUACAGUGCCUUGCCCAAACUGAGUGAGAAAAAGCAGGCAUUCAAUGCCUACAAGGCGCAGCGGGAGAAGGAGGAGAAGGAAGAGGCCCGGCUAAGGGCCAAGGAGGCCAAGCAGACCUUGCAGCAUUUCCUGGAGCAGCACGAACGCAUGACCUCUACCACCCGCUACCGGCGGGCAGAACAGACCUUUGGGGAGCUGGAGGUAUGGGCUGUGGUCCCUGAGAGGGAUCGAAAAGAGGUUUAUGAUGAUGUCCUCUUCUUCCUGGCCAAGAAGGAGAAGGAACAGGCCAAGCAGCUCCGGCGCCGCAACAUCCAGGCCCUGAAGAGCAUCCUGGAUGGGAUGAGUAGUGUCAACUUCCAAACCACAUGGUCCCAGGCCCAGCAGUACCUCAUGGAUAACCCCAGCUUUGCUCAGGACCACCAGCUGCAGAACAUGGACAAGGAAGAUGCACUGAUCUGCUUUGAGGAGCACAUCCGAGCUUUGGAGAGGGAGGAGGAGGAGGAGCGGGAGCGGGCCCGCCUUCGGGAACGGCGUCAGCAACGCAAGAACCGGGAGGCCUUCCAGACCUUCCUGGAUGAGCUGCAUGAGACAGGGCAGCUGCACUCCAUGUCCACCUGGAUGGAGCUGUACCCAGCGGUCAGCACUGAUGUCCGCUUUGCCAACAUGCUGGGCCAGCCGGGCUCCACCCCUCUGGACUUGUUCAAGUUCUAUGUGGAGGAGUUGAAGGCACGAUUCCAUGAUGAGAAGAAGAUCAUUAAGGACAUUCUUAAGGACCGGGGCUUCUGCGUGGAGGUGAACACAGCCUUUGAGGACUUCGCCCACGUCAUAAGCUUUGACAAGAGGGCUGCUGCGCUGGACGCAGGCAACAUCAAGCUGACCUUCAAUAGUCUGCUGGAGAAAGCAGAGGCACGGGAGAGAGAGCGGGAGAAGGAGGAGGCGCGAAGGAUGCGGCGCAGGGAAGCUGCCUUCCGAAGCAUGCUGAGGCAGGCCGUGCCUGCUCUGGAGCUGGGCACUGCCUGGGAAGAGGUCCGUGAGCGCUUUGUGUGCGACUCAGCCUUUGAGCAGAUCACCCUGGAGUCGGAGCGGAUCCGGCUCUUCCGGGAGUUCCUGCAGGUACUGGAGACUGAAUGCCAGCACCUCCACACCAAAGGCCGAAAACAUGGCAGAAAGGGCAAGAAGCACCAUCGAAAGCGUUCCCAUUCGCCAUCAGGUUCUGAGUCGGAAGAGGAGGAGUUGCCCCCGCCGUCUCUCCGACCCCCCAAACGGAGAAGGCGGAACCCCUCGGAGUCAGGCUCUGAGCCCUCUUCCUCACUUGAUUCGGUUGAAAGUGGGGGUGCUGCCCUUGGAGGACGGGGUUCCCCAUCUUCUCGCCUUCUCCUUGGAUCAGAUCAUGGUCUUCGGAAAGCCAAGAAACCAAAAAAGAAAACUAAGAAGAGAAGACACAAGUCGAACAGUCCUGAGAGCGAGACAGACCCUGAGGAGAAAGCUGGCAAGGAGAGUGAUGAGAAAGAACCAGAACAGGACAAGGACAGGGAGCUCCGGCGGGCAGAACUCCCCAACCGCUCCCCAGGUUUUGGAAUCAAGAAGGAGAAGACGGGUUGGGACACGUCGGAAAGUGAGCUGAGCGAGGGUGAGCUGGAAAGACGGCGGCGGACACUCCUGCAGCAGCUGGAUGACCACCAGUGACCCGACGAGCUGCUCGGCCUCGGGUCUGUGUGAGGCUGUGGAUCCUAGGUCACCCUCACCAUUUGCACUAGACUCCUUUCUUAGUCUGGUGUGUCCACGCUUCCUCAAGUAACCCCACCCCCAACACACCAUUGUUGGCACCUCCCGAGGUUGCUUGUGGUGUUUAAGGGUCCUCCACUUCCUGGGCAACUAGUGCAGUCCUUGCCCUCAGCCCCAGACCAGAGAUUGGUAUGCCGUGUGGGGUGGGUGGUGCCAGUAGAGAAAUGUGAGAAGGGGCCUCUAGGGAAGAAUGACAGGUUGGUGACAGGUGGGGUCCUUACCCUCUAGCACCAGUACCUGCUCCUGCCUGCCCGGGCCCUCGGGCUCUACCACUCCUUCCUUCAGCCCCGGGACCCAGUGUAUGUGUGUUUUGUUUUGUUUUGUUUUGUUUUUGUUUUUUAAAUAAUAUUUAUAACAUGGA